AUGGCCUCUUCGAUUGGUCACAACCACGAAGCGAGCGCUGAAAACCAGGAUAAAUCACCGUCACAAGGAUCCAGGGACUUGGUCAUCUCUUGGUUAGACAAAGUUUAUCUGCACGCGAGAAAUGCUGAGACCCAAUCUAUAUUCAGCACUGCCGCCCCUUCCGUGCCAGUCCCGAUGGCAAGCAGCCCGGGCCGAGAAGGCAUGUUUGCGGCACAGCGGGACGGCAACACACUCUGCUUGCCUGCCGGUGCCCAUACUCAUCAGGGGCCCGCAGCUCUAAAUCCUCUUGCCCACUGCUAUAGACUGCGGGACGAUGGUGUUGCUAUCGAGGCUCCGGGCCAUCCCUUCACCUGUGCUUGCUCGGACAACGCGCGCCUUCAUUCUGCAAGAGAGUCGGAAUCACCAACCACUCCUGUACCUACUGAAGCUUGCCUGUAUCCCCCCAUCCCACAGAGUGACAAGCGCGAAAUAUAUCUGAAUCUUGCCAUGCAACACUCCGCGGGUAUAUUCUACCCCCUGGAAGGCCAUCGUAUAAUGUCGCACAACCCCCUGAAACUGAACAAGUACCGUGCACGCCUCCUCAACACACCACUUGCCCUCGAGUCUGUGCUUGCAGUUGGAGCAUUAAUGCACCCGGAAGGAUCCGGUGCGUCCUUUGCUGCUGCACACGCCGCCUUUAUCGAUCAUAUGAUAUCCGACUGCAUUAGCGAGGGUACGUUCAAGUCUGAUUUGAUGAAGCAUUUGAUUCUACAGUGA